AUGGAUCACUACUCGAACCCGCCACCUCCACCCCAGAGCUCACGCAGCCAUGUCGUCCCCGGGGAACUCCUCGAACCUCGUGAAAGAAGUCCCGAAAUUGAUGAGCAGACUCAGUUUAGCCAGCCUCUCCUCCAACCCCCGAACUCUCAUCUAAGCCCGCCUUCCCAUCCGCCUCCAGACCCGUAUGGCAACCCCGAACAGUCUCUCAGUGUCCCAUUGCCACGAUAUCCAUCACCCUAUCGUACCAGUGAAACACUUUCAGCAAGCUCAUGCUAUUCGGAAGCGCAAGAUGGAGAGUCCCUCGCCCCGUCCGAACAUCUCAACAUUGAGACAGACUCGACGACCUCCAAACGCUGGGCAGCACGACAGAGGGCCACAUCGGGGAUAAUCAGGCGGUACCCUACACGUCGAAUCAAGUUGGUUAAGGGAACGGUGUUGAGUGUCGAUCACCCAGUCCCUAGUGCGAUUCGGAAUGCCGUGCAGCCUAAAUACCGAGACCUGGAAGGGGGUUCGUCUGAGGAGUUCACACAUAUGCGAUUAGACACGGCAGCGACCUGCGAUCCCGAUGAAUUCACAUUGCAGCAUGGAUACAAUUUACGGCCGUCCAUGUACAACCGACAUACUGAAAUGCUCAUCGCAAUUACCUACUACAAUGAGGAUAAAGUUCUGACGGCCAGAACCCUGCAUAGCGUCAUGCAAAACGUGCGUUAUAUAGUCAAUCUCAAGAAAACGGAAUUUUGGGACAAGGGAGGCCCGGCAUGGCAGAAGAUCGUUGUCUGUCUCGUAUUCGACGGCAUCAAGCCAUGUGACAAGAAUACUCUUGACCUACUGGCUACGGUCGGUAUCUACCAGGACGGCGUGAUGAAGCAUGAUGUCGACGGAAGAGAAACAGUUGCCCAUAUUUUUGAGUACACAACCCAAUUAUCAGUCACCCCGACACAGCAACUAAUCCGACCUUUGGGGGACGAUCCGACAAAUCUACCACCAGUCCAAAUGAUGUUCUGCCUCAAACAGAAGAACAGCAAGAAAAUCAACUCACACCGCUGGCUCUUUAACGCAUUUGGGCGAAUACUAAACCCUGAGAUUUGUAUCUUGAUUGACGCCGGCACAAAACCUGGACACAAGUCUCUUCUAGAACUAUGGGAAGCAUUCUAUAAUGACAGACAUCUCGGCGGCGCAUGCGGCGAGAUCCACGCCCUUCUCGGUCGUGGCUGGAGAAACGUCCUCAAUCCGCUGGUGGCAGCCCAAAAUUUCGAAUACAAAAUUUCCAAUAUUCUCGACAAACCACUGGAAAGCAGUUUUGGCUACGUGAGCGUUCUACCAGGGGCCUUCUCAGCAUAUCGAUAUAGGGCUAUCGUCGGCCGACCGCUGGAACAGUACUUUCACGGUGAUCAUACGCUCUCCGAAAGACUUGGUAAGAAAGGAAUCGAGGGGAUGAAUAUCUUCAAAAAGAACAUGUUUCUAGCAGAAGAUCGGAUUUUAUGCUUUGAACUGGUCGCUAAAGCAGGAUGUCAAUGGAAACUCACUUACGUUAAGGCUUCAAAGGGGGAAACGGACGUCCCCGAGGGUCCGGCGGAGUUCCUCAGCCAGCGGCGACGCUGGUUAAAUGGUUCUUUCGCAGCGAGUCUCUAUGCGACUAUGCAUUUUAACCGUAUAUAUAGAAGUGGGCACAGUUACAUUCGCUUGUUAACCUUCCAUGUUCAGCUGAUCUACAAUAUCUGUCAGCUUGUGAUGACGUGGUUCUCUUUAGCAUCAUACUGGCUCACUAGCUCUGUCAUCAUGGACAUCGUCGGGACACCAAGUGCAGUCAACCACAACAAAAGUUGGCCAUUCGGAGCAGAUAUCACCCCCAUCUUGAAUAACAUUUUCAAGAUAGGGUAUCUGGCAUUUCUCAUGCUCCAGUUUAUCCUAGCACUAGGAAACAGACCGAAGGGGACAAAAAUGUACUACACUCUUUCUCUGAUCUAUUUUUCUAUAGUCCAGGCCUAUAUUCUUGUCCUAUCCUUCUACUUGGUUGCGCAAGCACUCACAGGCGAUAAUCUGAAGUUCAACUUCUCCAACGGCGUCGGCGUAUUCCUGACAUCGUUCAUUAACUCCACCGGCGGCCUCGUCUUGGUCGCACUGGUAUCCACCUAUGGGAUCUACCUGAUAGCUUCCAUUCUCUACCUCGAUCCAUGGCACAUGCUCACUUCGUCUUGGGCAUAUUUUCUCGGUAUGCCAUCUUCGAUCAAUAUUCUGAUGGUUUAUGCAUUUUGCAAUUGGCAUGACGUAUCCUGGGGCACGAAGGGGUCUGAUAAGGCCGAUGAACUGCCAUCAGCGCAGACGAAAUCCGAUGCACAGACAGCAUUCGUCGAAGAGAUUGACAAGCCACAAGCUGAUAUUGACGUUCAAUUUGAGCAAACGGUCAAGCGGGCGUUGGCACCGUGGCAAGAGCCAGAAGAAAAAGCCGAGGUCAACCUAGAUGACUCUUACAAGUCGUUCCGGACGAAUCUGGUAUUGUUGUGGACAUUCAGCAACGGUCUUUUGGCACUGUGCAUUAACAAUGAAGGGUUGAAACAGCUUUGCUUAUCGACGACUUCAACGCUGCGCACUGCGUGGUAUUUCAAGGUUAUUCUCUGGGGUACAUCGGGUCUUUCUAUAUUUCGAUUUUUCGGGGCACUCUGGUUUCUCGCGAAGACGAAUGUGCUUUGCUGCUUUUACAGGCGUUGA